UAAGGGAAGUUUAUGAAACAGUGUUUGGUUGCGCAGAAGCAGAAGAACAAGAAGUUCAGAAAUUGAGAAAAAACGAAACGAUGAGAAGAAACAAUUCAAAUUCAGGGAAUUAUCGGAAUCCAUGUAUAACUAUGCACCAACCUUGGGCUUCUCUUCUCGUUUACGGUAUCAAACGCAUCGAGGGAAGAUCAUGGCCUGCUCCUAUCACAGGUCGUCUUUGGAUUCAUGCUGCUGGUAAAGUUCCUGAUGAGUCUACUAUCAAAGCAAUGGAAUAUUUUUACAAGGAAAUUUAUGCACUUAAUGGGAUUACUGAUCUCAAUUUUCCUCAACAUUACCCUGUUUCUAGGCUUUUGGGAUGUGUUGAAGUUGUUGGCUGCUUAACUCGUGAUGAGCUAUCAUGCUGGGAGAUGGUUCCUGAAGCGGUAAGGCUGGAAGCGCUAACUGAUUAUUGUUGGUUGUGUGAACGGCCACAGAAAUUGUUGAUUCCGUUUGAGAUGCGAGGUUACCAAGGCGUUUAUAACUUGGAAAGAAAGAUUUAUGAAGCUGCAGUUAGAGGGUUGGCUCCUGUUGAUAGCCCAUUGCCAGUGAAAUUCCCGCUUCCUGAUCCAUCUGACCCAUUUUCCCUAAAGCCGGGCCGUGUCUCUGCACUUGCUCGUAAUUUAAAAGCAACUGAAGUGGACCAGUCAUCAAGUAUAGGUCUGGCCAUAGCUGGGGCACGUGCGGCAGCUACUCAGUUCUCAAAGAAGGAUUAUAAUUCCCAAAGCACUGACCGAAACAAUAAACCUGUCACAGCGAAUGCUAAUCAUGAGGAGCCACAAGUAUCCUAUAAUUUACGAUCACAUCGCAGGAUUACAGAAAAGGAUAAUAUUCCAUACACUGAGUUAAAUGAGAAAUUUGAUGAUUGUGGCAUCUCGUCAGAUCAUGAAGUGAAAGGCAGUAGUAAAGUGAACGAGGGAAGUAGCUGGCACCAUCAUCCACCUCAUGCUGACAGGAGACAACAUUUUCAGCCCUCUACUAAGGGGGUUCUGGUAUAUAGACCGAAGAUAAAUUCUGACAAGAAUGAGGAAAACAGCACGCACCAUCAAUCUUCUAGUGCAGAAGCAGAUUUGAGACAGCAUUCUCAGCCACCACCAAGAUUUUUGCCACGACGUUGAAUAGCUUGAAGCAAUAAUCAUGGAAGGAGUCUGACUUCUCAGAGCCCGAUUGUGAAUUUAUAACCUAGUUAAUGGAUUAUUUCUUUUUAGGUUGAAUUGAAAUAAAGCUUGGAAGUGGAUGCUCACUUGAAUUGGUCUUGAUGCUAGAGUUUGUAAACCAUACUGAUUUUAUGUCGUUUCUCACUAAGUGGUAGAGCUCAGAUUCUUGUAUAUAGUAGUAGAAAAUUGUGGCAUAUGAAUAAUUGCAUCAUGCAUAUAUAAACUCAGUGUUGCAUAAUGUUAGAUAAGGAUCUUUGGUGGAAUCUAUCUGGAAUCCAUAUCCAUAUUCACUU